CAACACAUCAAGCUUAUUACCUUUCUCUCCACGCGCUUGGAAACGGAUUUACGCGCACAAAAGGAGGAGUUUGGAGGACUAGUAGGAUGCUGAGUAUCUUUCUCCCUCGUCACUGUUCUCCACCCUGCUCUCCAUGACCUGAGCGUCACCACAGCGGGAGGAACGAAAAACCAGAAAGAGAGAGGAAGAGGAGGGCAGAAGGCCAGGGAAGGAAGGAAAGAACACACUUUUUAUUUUGUUUUUGGUUGUUUUCCCUUUCCGAAAUGGCGGCGACGGAGGCCAGCGCGGCGCCGGUGGUCCAGGAAGACGGGAAAACCCCGGAGAGCAAGCCGGCGGAGGCCGAGCAGCAGGCUAAAGACGCCAACGCUAAGUCAGAGCCUAUCAACAGUGAAGUUGUUGACAAAGACGGCACUGCUGUCAACAGCGAGGUUGUUGAUAACAAAGAGACAGUGAAUAACGACACAGCGGCGUCGACAGGAGCCGAGGAGGGACAAGCAGCAGCGAGCGAGGAGGCAGCUCCUCCUCAGAGUUCGGAAAACGCCUCCUCUACUGAGACCAAGACCUCGUUCUUGGACUCCUUCCUCAACAAGAGCGGCCUGGGGAAGGUGAUGAGUGGAAGGAAGAAGAAGGAGCCGAACACAGCCACUGGAGGAGGAGAGGAGAAUGCCACUGAAGGAGGGGAGAAAGAGGGAGAGAAAGGAGCUGAGGAGGGUGCAGCAGCUGAGGGUGGAGCAGAGGGAGAUGCAGAAGGAGAUGCAGCGAUAGAGAAAGCUCCAGAAAAUGGAGAGAAGGAGGAGGAAAAGAAAGCAGAGAAGGGCAAACCGGCAGAGGCUAAAUCCACAGUUCGAGAUUUAAUUAGGAAGCCGGUGGCGAGGAUCUUCUCCCACCGCAGCACCGAGAAGAAGGACGGCGCCGCCGCAGAACCCCAGAAACAAGUAAAGGUUCGAUCCAAGUCCCUGGACCGGCUGGAAGAUCCUGAAGCACUUAACACCACUGCAGACUCCACCAUAGAGGAGGGUGGAGCAGCAGGAGGAGCAGAGGGAGGUGCAGAGGGAGGCGCAGAGGGAGAACAGAAAGCAUCGUCCUCCUCGGCAGCCACCAAGCACAUGAAACGCUGGCACUCCUUCAAGAAGCUCAUGGCUCAGAAGGCGCACAAGAAGAGCGGAGGAGGAGGAGUGGAGGAUGUUAAAGAGGAUGGAGCUGAAGGAGGAGAAGGAGGCGGAGACUCCUCCACGCUGGACUCCAAGGAGUCGGGGCAAAAGAGGUGGAAGCUGAAACGCUCCUGGACCUUCCAGGGCAUGAAGAGGGACCCAUCCAUGGUCGGCAUCAGUGGUAAGGCCAAGGGUUCAGACAAAGACUCGGCUGACAACACAAAGCCAGAGGAGGUGGAAGGAGCUGAGGGAGGAGAGGAGGCUAAGGCAGAGGGAGGAGCAGAGGAGGCCAAGACGGAUGGAGGAGAGGAAAAGGCUGAGGGAGGGGAGGAGGAGAAGGCAGCAACGGCUGGAGGUGUGACAGUGACGCAACACGCCAACGAAAUCUGGACCUCCUUCAAGAAGCGCGUCAUCCCGAAGUCCAAGCGCGCCAACACAGAGUGCGCCCCCAGUGGAGAGGAGGAUGCAACUACAGCUGCCGCCACAGGUGAGGAUGGAGCAGCAGAGGAAGGCAAAGACGGCAAGUCAGCCAAGGCCAAGCGCUCACAUUUUGGCCGUGCAGUUUCCCUGAAGAACUUCAUCCUUCGAAAGGGCAAGUCCACCAGUGUGGACAUGGGUGAGGGCGCCAAGGAGGAGGAGGAGGAGGCCGCGGAGGGAGGAGAGGCGGAAGAGGCAGUGGAGGAAGGAGCUGCUGAUGGUGAAGUUGACACGGCGGCAGCGGAGACCAAUGACAAAGACGCAGCAAAGGAGGAGAAGACGCCGGCAGCGGAGACCGGAGGGGAGGAGGCGAAGGAGGUGGAGAAGACGCCAGCUGAAGCUCCGGUGACCAAUGGGGAGAACGGCUGCUCCAACGGCACGGGGGAGGAGAACGCCGAACACAAUCACCAGGAGGAGGAGAAGACGACGGGGGGCAGCCCCGUGAAGAAGAGCAAAGAGGGAGGAGGAGCGAAAGAGGAGAGCAACGCCAAGAUCAUCAAUGCCACAGCCGUGAACAGCGACCAAAAGGCGGGAAACGUGUGAGGCCACACAAAGAGGAUUAGAACUGCCCGGGAUUCGCUGAGCAAGGAGCUCUGAGCCCCCAACCCCC